AUGUCUACCUCAGAACCCAAAUCUAUCUCGAUUCUUGGCCUUGGCCAAAUGGGCCACGCGAUUGCUUCAAAUUUUGUUUCCCGGGGAUUUAAAACCUUCGUUUGGAACAGAACUCCCAGCAAAGGCGCCGAUCUUGUCGAGCAGGGAGCUAUUCAGUCCUCUUCAUCGACUGAAUGUAUUCGCUCCAGUCCUCUCAGCAUCCUGUGUGUCAACACUGACGACAUUGUCCUGGAUAUCCUAGCUGCCGCUGGUGACAUCUCCGGACAUACAAUUGUCAAUAUUGUCAAUGGCUCGCCGCAGCAAGUUCGAAAAACUGCCGAGAAAUCCAUUUCGCACUACAUGGCAGAUGGUUACCUCCAUGGCUCAGUGAUGGCCUCCCCGGGCCUAGUCAGGUCUGGGGGAGCAAUGACCAUAUUCGCCGGGUCAUCUGAGACUUUCAAGAAAUGGGAGUUGACGCUUCAACCCCUUGGAAUCACACUUUGGCUAUUGGAUGAUGUUGGGGCCGCACCAUUGUAUGAUUGUUCGCUUUUGUCGAUCCUCAGCGGCAUCUUUUCUGGCUUCAUGCAGGCCCUGGCUAUGAUUGGUGCGGCCGGACAUAGCGAAACGGAGUUUGCACGUGGCUUUGUUGUUCCACUCCUGGGGCAAAUGGAAGAAUGGCUUAUACGGACUGCUGAAGAAGUUCAGAAUAAGGAGUACGUCGCGGAGAAGAAUGGGUCUCCUAUCGAGGUCCAACUUGACUCCACAAAGCACAUUUUCGAAACUGCCAAGGAGCUCGGUGUAUCCAGUCGAUUGUUGCAGGGUUUUCUCGACAUUGUCAAAGAAGGCGUGGAACGCGGACAAGGGCGUGAGGAAAUUUCUGGGCUCGUUCGCCUCCUUCGGGCGCCAGAAUAG